AUGGAAAGUCCUCGAUUGAUUGACAGGUAUACUCCGGGGGAGCCUUAUUCUCCGGUAUGUGUGGACACGCCGGCUACGCAAUCAUCCGUCUUGUUUGAUGGAAAUCUAGAGGAACUGUUGCGCAACUUUCCUCUGGAUCAGUACAUUCUGGUCACCGGAGGACUGGGGUUCAUUGGAAGUCACACAACAUUGGAGCUUUUGAAGGCCAAUUACAAUGUAGUGGUGAUCGACAACCUUAGUAACUCUUUCCGAGAGGUCUUGGACCGCAUCUACCUGCUGGCAUCCAAGCACCACGAACUGCACGGCACCAAAAUGCCCGAGCUGCAUCUGCAUGCCCAUGAUUUCCGGGACACUGUCGCGCUUAAGGGCCUGCUGGAGCAAUACCAGGUGAAGUCACGGUGGGGGACACCCAAGUCCAAGAUAUCGGGCGUCGUUCACUUCGCAGCCUAUAAAGCCGUCGAGGAGAGUAUCCGGAGUCCCUUGAAAUACUACGCCAACAACGUGAGCGGUUUAAUCGACUUCGCCUCCACGCUGGGCGACUUCGGCGUCAAGACUUUUAUUUUCUCCUCGUCUGCUACAGUAUACGGUACAUUAGCGACAUCUGGCCUCCCUCUGAGGGAAGAGCUGUGCGUCCACAAGAAAGAAGCCUUUCAUGAUGACGACGGCUCUGAGCGUGCCGUCCAGUCAGGCUGCACGGGCAUCACCAACCCUUAUGGACGCACCAAGUGGAUGUGUGAAGCCAUUUUGGCUGACCUCGCCGCGUCGGAUCCGGAAUGGACCAUCGUCGCUCUGCGAUACUUCAACCCCAUCGGUUGUGACGAGUCGGGUCUUCUAGGCGAGGACCCCCGCCAGGUCCCCACGAAUCUUCUUCCAGUCGUCGUCAAAGUUAUGACCGGCCAGUACAGCGAGCUUCAGAUGUUCGGCACCGACUGGGAAACGGCGGAUGGGACCGCCGUCCGCGACUUUAUUCACGUCACCGACCUGGCUCGAGGCCAUAUCGCCGCCCUCAGCGCCGCCAACGAGGGUAAACUUGUCGAGAACUUCCGCACCUUCAACCUCGGGACGGGUCGGGGUCAUUCGGUAAUGGAGGUGGUAGACACUAUGGAAAGGGUGUCCUCGAAGCGCAUCCCAACGAAGGCUGCCAGCCGCCGUGCGGGGGACGUUGGAUCCUGUGUCGCUGUGGCUUCUAGGUCACAGGCGGAGCUCCAGUGGCGGACAGAGAAGACACUGACUGACGCAUGUGUCAAUCUUUGCAGUUUCUUAGAUGUCAGCGGUCUCUCUUCGUGA